AUGGGAGAUUCAGUACCUCUAAAACUAGCACUGCCAGAGCUGAAGUAUCCUAUUGGUUCACAGCCAAAGGAAAAGUCAGCAAUCAACCAAUACUCUGGUUCAGAUUAUAUCUCUAUUGUCAAAAGCAUCCUAAAACCAGAUGAGAUGAUAAGAGUCCGAGGAUCAUUUCUGGGACCUGUAAUGAAGCUCAGUGAGAGAGGAUUGAAGUUAUCAGCAAAGAUAGUCUACGCGAUUCUCACUAGAAGCAUCGUUUCUGUCAAGGAGAAUGAAGCCUGGUUCCAUUUCGGUGCGCAGCCAAUGAGGUUCUCUAUAAGAGAAUUUCAUAUGAUGACAGGCUUGAAAUGUAGUGGUGCAUUAGAAGGACCACGAAGGGAAACCGAGAGAUUUAAUUGGGAAUUGCUAAAGGGGCGUAGUCAUAAGUUAAGUGACGUGGUGGACCAGCUCAGAAACACAAGAGAAGAUGCUUCUGAGGAGAGAAUAUGCCUCGCAAUGCUCAUCCUGGUAGAGAGCAUAUUAUUGCGGAAGAGCAAAGGAGGGAGUUUUCCUUUGGAAUAUGCGAAAAAUGCACAGGAUAUGACAUAUCCAUGGGGAAAAGAGGCUUACAUUGUGCUCCUGAAGUCAAUUCAAAACGCUGUCGCGAAUCAUUUGGAGAAUAAAUCCAAAUUUGAGUUGCAAGGUUAUCCUCUAGUAUUCCUUCUUUGGAUACUAGAGUCGAUUCCUUUGCUAAGGGAUAAGUUCAGUAAGUGUGUACCAACAGUUGAGGUUCCUGGGCCGACUUACUUGUGUGAAAAAUACACUGAGGUAGAGAAUCCAUCACUUGAUAGGGUUUUACAGGUUGAAGCUGAUACAAAGCUGAAGGUCCAUUGCAUACUACCUUCUAUUCCUCAUGAUCCAGAAGAUGAUAUCUCCAUUGAAGACAAAUAUAGUGACGAGCUGGAAACAGUGAAAGAUGUAACAAAGAAAGGGUACAAGAUUACAGCCGAUGACUGGGAAAAUAGGUGUGUAGACACAUUUGACACAUUGGAUGCUCUUAUUCAAAUGAUGGCAAAUAAGGAGACUGGCCAAGCUUCUACUCCGAUUGAUGAGGAUUCAGUAAAUGAAAAAGUGAACAGGAUCAUCACGGUAAUGGAGGAGAAUCUGAAGAGCAUGAAGGAUCGAAUGUCAUUACUAGAAGAAGAAAACAUACAUCUUAGAGCUCGUGUGUCAGAGUUGGAAGGAAACAACAAUGUUUUUCCCACUAACGUGACACAAAAGGAGACAAUGAUUGAAUCAGCUGCAUCUCCAAAGUCUCAACAAAAUGAGGAGACAAUGAAUGAAUCAGAUGAUGAAACUCUUGCCCUUGAUACUCAAGUAUUCUCUCCUAAUCUGACAAAAGAGAAAGAAACAGAAACGUCUACCGAUGAGAGGCCAUCCAAUCCUAAUCAAGAUGGAAAACCAGAUGAUGAGAUUGUGAUUGAGUCACCUGCUGCUCAGACUCAAGUUUUGCAAAAAGAAACACUGGAAAUGAAUGAGACACCUUCUUCUCCAAUAUCUCCAAAGAGUAUUGAGGCUCAAGUUUUUACUCCAAUUCAGAAACAGCAGACGGUAACAGAGGAAACGUAUGAGGCUACACAGCCAUUGACUGAGAUCAUUUCAGCAAACAAUAAAAAGGAGGAUACACAUGCUGUGCAUCACACACCUUCCUCUCCAUUGUCUUCACUAAUUGCACUAGUUAUUGAAGAAAAUAAGAAUGCUUUGAGUGAGACAGAAACUGCGACCCAAUAUUUUUCUACAAGUGAAGGAGAGCAUACACAAUCAAGCAGAAAGAAUCAAGCAGAAGAAUAUCUCAAGGAUACUACAGAACCUACUACUGAGCUAGUUUCCACAGAUGUUUCGAAGACACAGCCUCUUACUCCGCAAACACAGCACCUUCAGACAAGUGAGGGAGAUCAAUCCGAUGAGACACCAUCAGAGCAGAAUCAAGCAGAAGAAAAUCUCAAGGAUACUACAGAACCUACUACUGAGCUAGUUUCCACAUAUGUUUCGAAGAUGCCGCCUAUUACUCAGCAAACAGAGCAUCUUCAGACAAGUGCUAUAGAUUUUUCAGAAACAAACGAGGUAUGCAUCGAGUAUAUUUGAUCUUUAAUUAUUAUUCUAACAAUUUAAAACCGCUGAUGUUACUGAAUCUUCAUUUUUA